AUGCUAACCCUAUAUAAAGCCACACACUAUCCCUUUAUUUCUCAUAAAAUCUCAAACCAAAUGCUCUUGCUAUACACCUCAAUUACCUCAAUGAAAAUCUUCAUCACAACUUUACUUCUUCUUGUUAGCUUUUCAAGCAUGACCCUAGAAGCUCGCAAUCUUUUGCAAACAAUCACUCCACCAAAUUUUCCAAGCAUUCCCAAUUUUCCAAAACCAACAUUGCCACCUUUUCCUUCAAUGCCAACCCUGCCUCAAGGAAAUGUUCCUCCAUUGCCUACCAUCCCUUCUCUUCCUAAGCUCACCAUGCCACCACUUCCUAGCAUUCCUACUAAUCCAACUCUCCCAUUUCUCAACCUUCCUACAAUCUCAACCAUUAUCUCCUCCAUCCCCUUCUUCUCUCCACCACCUUUAACCUCUUCCCCUUAA